UACCUCCCAACAGCUACAUUGGAUAGCAGACCCAUCUACACGAUAGGGCGUCAAUGGCGUGCUACAGAGAUUCCGAAGCUGCACUUCCAGAUCCUCCUCAUCUCUUUUUCGAAGAAAUCACUCCGUCGCCUCGCGCUACUGCUGCAUCUCCGCUUUUCAGAAUCCCCACCGAGCUGCGGGAGCUCAUCUAUGACGACCUCUGGGAAGGCGUGAUAAUAUCGGGAUGCGUCGAAGGAGCGUGCAAGUUCCGCGUCGAGUAUGGAGAAACAGACAACGACGGCGAUCCUGAGCACUUGCUUCCAGUUUGGCUCUUUACCGCUAAACAGAUCCUCGCUGAAGGAAUGCGGCAGUUCUACCGCAAAGCUCGAUGCACACACUAUUGGAAGCAUGAGAACGAGCACUGCGGAGUGGAUUCUCCUUCGUCUACCUUUCGGUUACUGUCGCUUUACCGCAUUCGCGAGAUCGGCUCUCGUGCAAAGUUGCACCAUGUUCUUUUCGCGGCAGUGGCGGAUCUGAAAGGCGACGGGACUCUCACCAAUGCCCUCACCAGAGUUGAUAAUUCCCAUGACGGCGCUGGUGCUGAGAAGUGGGUGAACGUUGAAAAGCCGAAGUCGCCUGGGACUACCUGGGCCGUCCACGUCCCGGAGUUCGAUGCCACUCCGGCGAUUGACCUGCCCGACCAACAGAAAAACCUAUCUUUGGAAGCUAUCGUAGAACACCUUUGCCUCGGGAAAAACGCGCUCAGGGAGUUGUCCUUGAGCUUCGUGCCGCCGAUGGACAUACACAGCACCAUGCUCUUUGCUCGACAGUCGCAUAUCGACUUAUCAUAUCUGGAAAGGCUAGGAACGAACCUGGAUCGCGUUCAUUUCGUGCUCGAAACGCCCAUUUUUGACGAUUAUCCCACCGAAAAUGUCCCUCUGCCCGGCCUCGAUUACGACAAUUUCAUGGGUAAUACGCCCUUCUUCCAUGAUUAUGACACGGACGAACUACCGUUGCGCAUGUGUGCGGAUCUAUAUCUGAAGACGCAACAGGAACUGGAGCGACUCGCGAGGCAUCUUGUGGGCGGAACGAGGGGAGCGGGUGUGUCGGUCAGGGACUGGACAGAGAGAAGCGCGCUGUGGGAAAGCAUCCCUGAUUCCGAGUUUGCUAAGUUCGAGGCUCGGGCAUGGCAUUUGGAAGUUCGCCGUAUCGCAACUCGGCAGUGUAGAGGUGCGAUCAACCACUACGGCCUCGACUGUUUCUUCUGUGAGGGGAAACUACCUGCCGACGAUGUCGAAUUCUACGAAAAGGUACCGCACGAUGGGGACCUAAUUGUGUUCAAAUGUAAGGAGAAGGGCAAGACGCUGUGUUUCAAGCGGCUUGAGUCAUUCUCGGGAUAAAGCAGCUGCGCGGAGUAUGGGCACAUGAAUUUGAUGGGCCGUACCAGCACACAACAUUCUCGAACCAACGUACAUUCACUACGCCUGUCGGAGGCAGUCUGUAUCAUAUAUGUAGGAGAGGGAUAUACAACUCUGAACCUUCCGCACGGCUUACAAUUAACCUUCUAAAGGUGGCGUCGAGGGUAAGGGUAUUUUCCUAGACUGUGGUCCUGAGCCUUCCGCGUCUUCAUAUAGCGGCUCUACUUCUUGGCCAUGCCCUCAGACUCGCCGGAUCCUCCGACACGUUCAAAGUAUAGGUCCUCGGCGACACGCUCAUCCCUCAAGUUCUAGGACUGCAUCAUGUAUAUCGCCGCUGGCCAACCUUCCUUCGGCAUCGUUCCCAUGGACGUCGGGUUCCGCCUGCAGAACACAC